AACGGGUCAUAACGGAUAAUCAAAAAAAUCCCAUAGACUUGAAUGGGAUUUUGUAACGGACGUUUAACAUCCGUUAUUAAGGCUUUUCUAACUGAUGUUUAUAACGGAUCUUUUAACGGAACAACUUUAUAGUGUGAAAGGGGCCUAAGGAGGAACGCAUCACUCAGGGUUGGCAGGACAGAGAGCAGCCAAGGGGACCGCUCCCCUUUAACUACCUAGCUAGGGAGCAUAUGCCUGAAUUGUUUGUCCAGCUGCGUAACACAAGUAUCAGAUGCCUGCAAAGCAGCCUUCCCUAUACUCAAAGAGGACAUGAAGAUUCCCCCCCAGCUGAAACCUCUAAAUCCUGCAUGCAGUUGAUCCGACUUGGAAGGCAAGUGAAACAGCAAUUGAUGGAAAUGAAAACGGACUUUCAUACAAGAGGAGAAUCCAUAGAAAAUGUUGAUGCUUCUUUAAAUGGAAGUUUGAGCAUUGCUUGUGUGCCGCUGGAAAAUGAAAUUUGUUCUGUGAAAAACAAGGAGCUUGCUCUCAUGAGGAUGCAAACUUUCAAUGCCUUGCUGAAUGUCUUGCAGAAAGAUACCACUCAACGCCGAUCAAUAAUGGGAGUGAUGAAUCAUUCUAAGGAUAUUUGUAAGCAGAUUAUGGUGCUACAACAAAACAACAGACAAUUGGAAGAGAAAUUGGUUAACACACGUAAGAGCAGAAUAGAAAUACGCAUGAAACAGCAGGAACUCUUUCAAAGCCUUAAAUAUUCAGAAAUAACAAACCGUAAAAUCCGAGACUUGGAAGCAAAGAAACAUGAUAAAGGAAGAGAAACAAUUCAAAGUGAUGCAAACAAAAUCAUCAUAGUUCACGAGAUUUUUCAGAGGCUCAUCCUGAGUUCCCGACUGAAUUGGGCUGAAAACCCUUAUUUAAAGAAUCUGAUAUUAAAUAUGAGGGAUCCAUCUUUAUCUUACCCAGUAAAGUAAUUAUACUGCGGAAUCAGCUGGCCUAAUGGGGAAUGUGACAGAAGGGAGAACCUGAUAUUUUCAGGCGUAAUGUAUAUAUUUUUUUCUCUUAUCAAUCUUGUUUGUGUAAAAAAUAAAUAUAAUUAUUCAU